CCACAUACUCUUCAUUGGGACAGAUGAAGGUUGGCUGCAAAGGCUGUGAAGGUUAAUGGUCAGCUGCACAUCAUUGAGGAGCUUCAGCUGUUUGAGGAACCCCAGCCAGUGGAUAGUAUAGUCAUCUCUGAGAAACAGAUGAGUGUCUAUGUGGGUUCGCCCACCUCUGUGGUGCAGUUGCCCUUGUCCACAUGCAGCAGAUACUCCUCAUGCUUUGACUGUGUGUUGGCGCGUGAUCCCUUCUGUGCCUGGGAUGGACUGGAGUGUGUGGAGAUUACAUCACACAACAGAAGAGCCAAUCUGACACAGGACAUUCUGAAUGGAAACCAGGGCUGUAAUGAAUCCACAGCAGAUGACCAAGUGUUACACCGCUCUCGCUCUGUGAUGGCGGGUGAUGAUGUGCUGCUUCAGUGUGAGCUCAGCUCCAAUCUGGCAACCCCUAAGUGGAUGCUGAAUAAAAAACCUCUGCAGGGUUACGGACUGGACUCUGGUUACCGUGUUGGUACUGAUGGCCUCCUGGUCAUCGAGGCACGGCCUUACCAGAGUGGCAACUACUGCUGCUCUGCCCUGGAGAAUGGUGUCCAUGUUCCUGUGGUAAUCUACAGCUUGAUAGUUCGCCAGGAGCUUCCCGCACCUCCUCCCGUGGAGCCGAUGCGGCCACGCUUGACCACAGCGAUCUACUGGACCAUUCAAACUUCCCCAAGUGACUCCCCGGAGGACUUCCAUCCGACCCCAAUGUCUCCUCGCUUUGAGUUCCUGUCCGUGAGGAACAUGGAGGCUAUGUACCUAUCCCUAAUCACUAUCUUAGGAGGCCUGUGCUUUGUUCUAACAGUCAUCCUGCUUUACGUGGGAUUCUGUUUGCAAGGACGGAGGGGUAAAUACUCUUUACGGGCCGCAGCUCGCACCGAAAGAAAGCGAGGUGCCCACAUGGAGCUGAAGACCAUCUCCAGCCACUGCAACGGGAAACCGGAUGCUUACGACGGCCUGCUGCAGAUCGUCCCCGGAGAAGCAACAACAUCACCCAACAAAGAGCUUCCUCCUGCUCCACCUCUCCCGCCGCCUCCAGAAUCAGAGUACGUCAAUGGACUCUCUGCCACUUUACCCAGCGUCUUACGCAAGAUGAAUGGCAACAGCUAUGUGUUGCUGAGACAGACAGAUGGAGACACCACAUCUCCGCUUUAUUACUCCUUCACAGAGGAGCUCAACAGGAUCCUGGAGAAGAGGAAGCACACGCAGCUGUGUAGUAAACCUGAUGAGAGCUCGGUGUGAAAUCGAGAUGCGUUUGAACUGCUCAAGUGUUCAAGGGAAGUGCCGUCGUCUAAUACCCCUUCUUCACCCAGACUAACUUUAACGGGAUGUUAAUGAGUAGCCACAGCUGCUUUUAUUGGAAGAUAAACAAAGCAUUGGUAUUCCUCUAAAAGGAACAAACUCCUUCUCCGUUUGCAUUUCAAAUGUAGAGCUUGUGACUUUCAACAGACUGAGGAAAGCCCACUGGUCACAAAUAGCAAAGAAUGGACACUUACAAUGGAAAUUCUACCUCAGCAAAUUGUAUCGCACAGCUUUUGGCUCAUUUCAGCAUGCUUGCGUUAAAUUCGAGUUGGAGUUGGGGAUGUAUAGCUUGGGACACACAGCAAGGGAAUCUUCAAAGCAAAAGUGCCCAUCUGGGGGAAUCGAGUAAAUGAUUCAGUUACAAACUAGUUGGAAGAGACAUUUACAAGGCAGCAUUGUAAAAAAACAAGAUGAUGAAUUCAAAUGGAGGUAUCGCACCAAAAACUCUAGUGCUGUUGAACACUGAAUGUCUUUGACAUGUCCUUUAUUUUAAUAUGUUCUAAUUUAUGCCAACACUGACCUUAUCAGUAACAGCUUGUAAUAAUAAGCAUAAUAAGAGCAGGGAUAACAGACUUUAAAAACAAUUAGAAAUGCACUUGAUGGUACUAAUAGUGUAAAUAUGGCAUUUAUUGAUAGUUUCACAGGGGUGGGAACCUAGUAAGAUGACAGUAUUAACCACUGAGAUGCACUUUAUGGACCGGUAGCAUUUUUUUCCGUGAGGUGCUGCUUAUUGUGACCGAUCUGGAGAAGACGGAAUGGAUUACAAGGACAGGACCUUUGCGAAAGAUGUGAAAGUGACAAUUGACUCUGAACUCGAGAGGGAAGACUAUGUGCACAGUAUCUGUUUAACCCUGAGCAAUGGACCCCUAAAUAUGUCUGGAUUCGUUACUCGUGACUUAAGAUAUGUUAUGUCUCAGAUCUGUAUGUCUCUUGUAGUAUGAUAAGUCCAUAUGUAUAAGAACUGACAUGAUUCCUUGUCGGAAUCCUUCAUCGGAAUUCCGGAGUCAUUGGCUGCUAGGUCUCCAUGGCAACCACAGAGCAGAGGUAAAGCUGAUGCUGACCUUCUUAGAUUAUCCUUUUGACAUGACCAAUUAUUACAGCACCUCUUACAGUCAGGUCUCGCAGUCUUAACAGGGAUUAGCGAAUUAGCGCUACGUCGUGAAAUUAGGCUUCUGCUGCCAGUAAAUAAACAAAAUUCAAUUCUAGUCGGGACUUGAUUAACAAUGAGUAUUGUAACAUGGUGAUAUUGGGGGGUUUAAUUAUCCCCUACACUUCCAGUAAGUCCAUUAAACUGUUGUGUAAAUGUUCGUCCUGGAACUGCUCCAGCUGCUCCGACUGCCCACACUUGCGUGCAAGAGCAUUUUGGCGUAUCUCCCACUACUUAAGGGGAGCGAAGCACCUGGUUCUGUCUGUUUAGAUCAGAAUAUGCAGAUUGCAAUGGAGCCGAGUGGAGAACAUUAAGGCCACAUGUUCAGAACAGAGCUAAGAUGAGCACUGCUGAUAGUGCAGUUUGCUCUCUCCCUUAUGCUUUGUGUUCAGACAUAUUGUUUUUGUCUUGUUUAGUAGAGUUGGACUUUUCUGAAGUGCUGUAAGAAUUAAAUUAAUGUCAUUAUUUAAAUUAAUCCUCAUGUCAUAACAAACCUGUAUCUUGUUAUUUUUACACAAAAGAAGACAUUUUGAAGUAUCUUUCCAUGGCUCUUUCUAUACAGUGAAACUUUGUAACUUUGUUGUGAUCAAAAAGGAUAAAAUAAACUUACAAUAAAAAAAAAAAGAGAUUUUCUUCCUCAGAAUAUUUCUCGUUUUCCAGUUGAAACAUCUAAACAUUAUUAAAUUAAGGAAGAUUUAUUAGAGAAGCAAAAUGACGUAAAAUUAAAUGAAUUUAUUCUUAAAACAAGAAAAAUAAACUUGUUUUCCAUUUUAAGAUUAUUUUUCUUACCCCAUUGACAGAUAUUUUUUCUUGUUUCAAGCAUAGGAUUUCGUGAAGAUGUCUUGUUUUCUAAUUUGUGAUUUUAUUUUGAUUUAAUAAUGUUCUGAUAUUUCUACUGGGAAACGAGGAAAAUACUAAGUAAGAAAAUUAAUUUUGCUGUGUAGACAUACAACUCAUAUUCCAAAUAUUUUGAAGCCAGAUUCAAAAUGCAUUGCCUUUUGAUGCAAAAACUACAUUGUGUGAGCAGACCUUUUAUGAUGAAUAUAGCACACAAGUCAUAUGGACAAAUUUUAUUGUACUUUUAUAGUGCUUUGUCAUUUUAUGAGCUUGACCGAUUGUUUUUCUCCAUCUCUCUGAAUCCCCCAACACCACCUUUUUUUAUUUCCAUUUGACAAAUGGCUUUCAUGUCCGUGCAUACACCUCCAUCAUAGUGUCUAAUGAGAGCAGAACAGAUCUGCAUACACAUCUGACCUCCACUCUCCCAGAGGAUCACAAUCUGUGAUUAGAUGCUUGUCCUCAUGCAGCUCAUAUGGUCUGUUCCUGCAAUGUUUACAUCCCUUGAGUCUAAUAUUCCUAUGAGAGAGGCGCUCCUGCGGAUUCUUCUAACAUGCCAGGACAGGUUUGUGGAUGAGAAAUAUCUCGUCUGCUGCCUGCAUUCAAAGUGAAUUUAAAGUGCACUAGAGAGAACGAGAUUGACAGAGAAAGAUCAAAAGAGAGUCUGGAGAAUGCAUUGAAAUAGAUUGGGAAAUGGUCAUUAAGCCUUUUAGUCUCAUUUAGAGCAACUACACAGAGCCCUCAGCAGCGCCGUAUCUGAUUCCAGAUUCAAAAAUGGCAUGUUAAUGUCGCUAAAAUGCCAUUGGUUCUCCUGGGUGUAGUAACUUAACACGAUGCGCUACAUUUGGCCUGUUUUUCGCAUAUUGCUUGGCUUCAGAAGACUUAAUGUGUCAUGUCAUAACCACUUUUAUGAUAUUUUUUAAUGUUGUAUAAUGGCAAGAGCUACAUAAUGAUUUCAGUUUUAGCAAAUAAUUGCAGCAUACAGGUUUGGAAUGACGUGAGGGAGAGAGAAUAAUGAAAGAAUUCCCAUUUCUGGGUAAACUCAUCCAAGCUCAAACAUUUUGGGUUUAUUUUUUUGACAGAGAGCACAGUCCCAAAAAGUGAAAUGUUGAAAAAGACAACAAGAAAAUAUGACAUUAUCAGACAUUUCAGUCCUUACAAAACAAUAUCUAUUUGCAGCGUAAUCCAUAAAGCAUAAUGUCGUCUUUGAGGUUUAUGGGAGAAUUGUGAUUGAUUGAGUGUGUUACAUUGUUUUGUACUAUUAAAGCAUUCGCCAUUUUCAAUAUGAAUUUAAUACUUAAUGAAAAAUUUAAGAGGUUUAUGUCCUGUAUAGAUGACCAGAAGAGACAUAUAUUGAGUUUAAUUAGUCCCUUCAGUCAUGCAUACUUUAUUCCAGUAUAGAAUAUAACUGAAAAAUGUGUCAGUGGAAAUAUUUAUUUUAUAGCUUUGUACAGUUUUGUGAAUAUUUAUUUUCGUAAUGUUUCAAGCUGGGAUUUUCUAAAUUGUUGUUGGUUCAAUGGUGCAUGGAUAUGCAUUUUUGAGAACAUUAUUUACAAUUUUUGAAAACCAAAAAAAAAUACUAUAAACGUGAUGCUCAUAAUAAUAAUAGAAAUGAAACCCAAAUAAUAAUGGGAUUAAUAAUAAAGCAUGUGUUAAUUCCAUUUCCAUUUUUACAGUAUUUUCCAAAAUUGUAAAAAUUGUUUCCAGUUGUAUAUGUGCUAAAAUGUUACACCACAUUCCAACUAAGAUGGUAUGCUUCCUAUUUCUCAUUUUGUGUUCAGAAAAUAUUGUUAAACCUCCUGCAGAUCCGACCAUGUCUCAGAGUCACUUCAGUGCACAGUUGUAUGCCUCUUCAGUCGUGGGUAGGAUUGUGUGGGCUGCCUCUGGAACUGCAUUUAAUGAAGCUGGUUAGACCUGUGCCUGUCACCAUGGUGAAAAAGACCAUAGAAUUAUUAUCAAUUCACUUCAUGUUUAAUUCUCUACCGCUCUCUCCAUGCAAGAAACAUUCUGGACUGUCUGGCCCUGUGUGUGUUCAAACAGUCAUUGCCCAAGGUAUACAUUUAAUGUGUAUGUCUUUUCUUUUGUCCAAGGGUAAAGUGUUAUGCUUUGUGUUUAAUUAACACCGUAAUACUACAGGGACGUUACUUGCAGGGGAGGAGGCUGAGAAGUGUGAAUUCAUUAUGUUCAACAUCAGAAACUUGUAAGUCUGUUUACAUUUUAUCUAGUAAAUUCUUUUAAUAAACAGUAUUGAUGCUUC